CUUGUCACGUCCGGUCAGAAAAACGCCCUAACGCCAAUAAGUACUGAACUGUGCUAUCGGACCUCAGUUCAUAUCAAGGACAAGACUAAUGGUGUUAAGCCUCUUCCGCCAUUGGAGCUGUGCUCAGUGUAACUCGUCAUUUUAACUUUAUGAAUCGACCAGACGGAAGUGUUUACCGAAUUUAAGCAAAUCAAGGGUUGGAAACAGUGGUAUAUUGACUCUGUCCGGUUGAACGGAGGCGCUUCAACGGCCACAAAGAGAGCUGCCAGUGCAAGUCAAUGUGUCGGAUGUGUGCAAGAAAUACAGACUCCAGCCAACUUUCGCAGGCUAUGCCGGAGAAAAAGAUGAAGUUUUGUCCAGUAGAUUCAUUUUUGCAGAACAAUCAACUUGACUGUGUGUCGCAGAUUAUGGGAUACCACCCACAGUACCUAGAAAGCUUCCUGAAGACUCAACAACAGCUGCUUCACGGAGAUGGGCCUCUGCCAUUUGAUUACAGACAUUACAUCGGAGUAAUGGCGGCGGCCAGACAUCAGUGUGACUAUCUUGUGAAACAGCAGACUACAGAGUUCGUGUUAGCUGGCGGAGAUGAAGCCUGGCUGAAAGGACUGGAUUAUAUACCUCAGAAGCUGAGAAACCUGUAUGAGGUCAACAAGCUGUUAGCACACAGGCCCUGGAUGAUAACAAAGGAUCACAUAGAGAAGUUGACAAGAGGGCAGGAUAACUGGUCCUUAUCGGAGGUGAUGCACGCUCUCAUUCUGUUGGCUCACUUCCACUCGUUGUGCAGCUUUGUGUCCGGCUGUGACAUCCGAGACGAGGAGAUUGAAGAGACCUCAACCAGCACAUCAUCGAACAACAACGUACAGAUGCUCAACUGUAACAAUAGUGCUGAUGUGGGUAUAGCUGCCCUGAUGGAGAGGAUGAAGAAGCUGACAGAAGAGAGCAAAGAUCAACCCAGCCAAGAGGAGAUGCUCAAGAGAUUCGAGAAAGUAGAGACACAAAGUCUGGAAUUAACACUAGAUGUGGCUCAUCCGUCCCCGAGAGUAGAGUUGCUGAAGUAUGUGGAAGACUCGGGUUUUGUGUAUGAAGAUUUCGCCAAGAGAGGUUGUGAGUCAGAGAAGCCUACCUUUAGAGCUCAAGAUUUCUCCUGGGAAGACCAUGGGUUCUCACUGGCUAACCGACUAUACAGUGGCAUCGGCAACCUGCUGGAAGACAAGUUCCGUGUGGCCUAUAACCUGACCUAUUACACGAUGGGCCAUAACACAGAUGUGGACACAACAUCGUUCCGUAGGGCUAUUUGGAAUUACAUCCACUGUAUGUAUGGUAUACGCCAUGAUGACUACAACUACGGUGAAGUCAACCAGCUGCUGGAGAGGAAUCUAAAGGCCUACAUUAAAACUGUCACAUGUUACCCAGAAAGAACAACAAAGAAAGACAUUGAGAGCGUCAUGAGGGAGUUUUUGCAUUCUGAGAAGGUCCAUGUCAACCUGAUGUUGUUUGAAGCGCGUCUUCAGGGAGAACUCCUGUAUGCACUGCGUGCCGUGAACAACUACCUGACGUGAACACUUGCUAACAACUGCAGUCAUCUGAUUUUUCUCAUUGUGGGCGUUGUUGUGGUUGUACAGCAUGGUAAAGACCCCUCCUAGCGGUGGUGCUACAACUACUAGCCCGGCAGGGCCAGCCGUAGUGUACAACCCAUGCUGCUUUGGAGGCGGGGUCAGCUGGACAUGUCAAGCCUCGUUGCUCGAGGUCUUUCUCAUUAUCUGUGAUAAAGUGUUACUUCUGGAGGAUGUUGUUUAUCCGAUGUGGCGCAGUCCAUUUCUCUGCUUGCCCCCUCCCCCCCCUCUAAAACAGGCACUUGUCUGCCGAAACUUUACAUGCACAUUGUACAAUGUACAGAGGCAUUAUCUGAACGCCUGAAAGUGCAUAACAAUUUGUGCUUUUACAUUAAAAGCACUUAGUGCAGAAAAAAAGCUAUUUUUUUUUUGUUUGUGUUUGAGGGGACAGUUUGUUUUUAUUGUUUCAUGACCUUAUUCCCAAUCUAGUCCGACCAUGGAAAUUUUUUUUUUGUUUUUUUUUUAGUGCUCUGUUUUCUACCCAUCUUUAAUAAUAAAUCCCCAAUUACUAUAGGUUGUUAAAACCGCCUGUUUGAGGGAUCUUAUAUUUAGAAGAGAUCUCAUUUGCUGAUGUUUAACUCUUGGCUUGGUCUUCUAUCUUUUCCAGGUAUGCUUUUAUCAAGCUCAGUCCUUAAAGCUUUAUAUGCCUAGAGUCUUCAGACUGUUCUGAAGGUGUGAUUGUCAGUAAUAAUGUGUUGCAAGCAGCUUUUUAAUUGCAUGAAAGUAGAAGAUGACUGAACUUUUUGUUUUAGUAUGAGUUGUAACAUGCUUUGAUAAAUUUGCAUGGGAGAUUGAUCUCGAGGUUCUGCCCGGUGAUUAGAUGCCAGGUGUCGGAACCAAAAAUUGCAUUGUUGUGAAUGGGUGUUUAAUAACAAUGAUAAACAGUGCUUGUCCCUUGUUGAACUGUGAUUUGUCUGAUUUCCAGCGACGCUGUAUACUAGCUGUGUAAUAGUAUUGUAGAAAGACUUGCCUCGAUCUUCACAGUUCUGUUGAAUGUCACCAUGUUAACUUUUCAGCAAUUUUGCAGUCAAACCCUGUGAUGUAUUUUCUGAUCAGACGGGUUAUUAAAAUGCCACCCACCUGCUUUAAACUGUUUUUGGCAUCUCACCACCUUUCUUGUAAGUUUAUCACCCUUUAUGACAUCUUACCACAAGGGUGAUUAUGAUCCCACAAAUAUUACAUAAAUAAAAAAAAUAAAGUAAAAACAUACAAAAGAGAAAAAAUUAAUUUUUUUUUUUUAUUUUCCAUAUAUUUGUAGCUGUCCCUAACCUGUCUAGAUUUUAAUAUCAAAAACCAGGUUUGGUGGAUGUGUAUUAGAUCAUAUGACCUUUAACCCAAUCAGUCAUAUCGAUUGAAACCAGCCAUUCCAAAGUAUUGUGAAAUACUCAACUAGAAGGUUCUAGGUCCGUCACGAAAUAUGUAUGUGCAUACAUUGUAUUAUUAUUUUUUCUUUGUGAGAAAAAAAAAUUGCCAUUGAAGUAGAAGGCUUUCUGCUUUGUACAUUUGUGUGAUGGAAAAUUGCCAUUUUGUUGGCAAUAGAUGGCCAUAUUAUUUUCCACACAGACCAUUUAGCCUGUGUAUACAGUAUUAUUGCUUCCCUGUGUUAAUGGUUCUUGUUGAUGAACAGGCGUUGUGCCCAAAGGGUCCAUUUAGUGUGUAUGCUGAUAGAAGUAGCUGCUAAAGCAUAGCCAAAUUCAGUGGUAUAUUUCUUCAAAUGUCAGGGAAGUAUUCAGCUGAAUUUGGCAUGGAUGGUUCAGGCGUUUGAUAGUUGCCAUUGUGCCAUGCACAUAUUGUACUAUCAGUAUGCAGUGCUCCUUGCGUUGUUGACCCUGUUAUUGUGGUUAUUUGACUACACAAUUUGAAUUGCUGUGAACCAUCUAGCAAUGAAAUCUCUUGACAGCCUAACCAAGGGCUAAUAUUUGUGAACAACAUGUUUUAUUAUUAAAACUUGCUCUGUUUUUUUUUAGUUUUAUUUAUGUAUUGCAAUAAAUAUUGAAUACUGCAGUC